UUUUCAUGUUUAAAAUCCCAAGUAAAUGUUUUAUAUUGCAAGAAAGGCUCAGCUAUGGCUGAUUUAUUAAGAGGAGAAGCUCCAACUAGUGGAAUCAAACAAUCCAACGCGCCGAAUUUCUCCAAACGCCCGCGCUCUCCAACUUUCCCCCUCCUCUCCCUUUCCUCAUAUUCUGAUUCCCAACUCUCGAUGGCGCUUCUUCCACCUUCUCUUUCAAAUUCCUCCUUCUAAUCUCCACGAUUUUCCGCAGCAUCUAGGGUUUCCUCUACUCCAAAUUCUUCAUGAAGCGCGAUUUCACGGAAAUCUCCGACGACGAGUGGGACAACCACUCCUUCAAGCUCUCCCGAGCCCUCAAAAAGUCCCAAGGAGCACCUCCGCCCAUCGAGUCCUUCUCUUACCGGCCGGAGGAUCCCCAGGUUUCGCCGGAGGAUGUUUCCGAUGGGAGCAGCGAUGAUUGCGUCGAAAUCAAGGAGGACUUAGAGGAUGAUGACGCGGAGGUUCUGGCGGCGCCGGUGAGUAGAGGUCGGAGGUUUGUGGUGGAUGAGGAUAGUGAUGAGGAUUUUGCAGAGGUGGUGGAGGUGAAGUCGGGGACGGAGGAGGAGGCGGAGGAGGAGGUGGAGGAGGAUGAUGUUGUCGGUAAGGCUUUGCAGAAGUGCGCGAAGAUAUCGGCGGAGCUCAGGCGAGAGCUUUACGGUUCUUCGGUGACUGCCUGUGACCGCUACGCGGAAGUGGAGUCUUCUUCAGUGAGGAUUGUGACUCAGGAUGAUAUUGAUGUGGCUUGUGGGGCAGAGGAUUCUGAUUUUCAGCCUGUUCUCAAACCAUACCAACUCGUUGGAGUCAACUUUCUUCUCCUGUUGUAUCGGAAGGGUAUAGGAGGAGCCAUCUUGGCAGAUGAGAUGGGUCUCGGUAAAACCAUUCAGGCUAUAACAUAUUUAACCUUGUUGAAACACAUGGACAAUGACCCUGGUCCCCAUUUAGUUGUGUGUCCUGCUUCUGUUCUCGAAAACUGGGAAAGAGAGCUUAAAAAGUGGUGCCCAUCAUUCACUGUGAUCCAAUAUCAUGGGGCUGGGCGAACGCAUUAUUCAAAAGAGUUGAACUCUUUGUCAAAAGCGGGAUUACCCCCUCCAUUUAAUGUACUUCUUGUGUGUUACUCGCUUUUUGAACGACACAGUCAACAGCAGAAAGAUGACCGUAAACUUCUAAAACGUUGGCAAUGGAGCUGCGUGCUCAUGGAUGAGGCCCAUGCUUUGAAGGAUAAGAACAGCUAUAGGUGGAAAAACCUGAUGUCCGUUGCACGAAAUGCAAACCAGCGUCUGAUGUUGACGGGGACACCACUCCAAAAUGAUUUGCAUGAGCUUUGGUCAUUAUUGGAGUUUAUGAUGCCUGAUCUUUUUACAACUGGAGAUGUGGACUUGAAGAAGUUAUUAAAUGCAGAAGAUAGAGAUUUGAUUGCUCGUAUGAAGUCCAUUCUUGGACCAUUUAUUUUGAGGCGUUUAAAGUCUGAUGUAAUGCAGCAACUUGUCCCAAAGAUACAGCGGGUUGAGUAUGUGUACAUGGAAAAGAACCAGGAGGAUGCUUAUAAAGAAGCCAUUGAGGAGUACCGUGCAGCUUCACGGGCUCGAAUUGCAAAAAUUUCUGAUGUCAACCGCAACAGUGUUGUUAGAGUUCUUCCUCGGCGUCAGAUUUCAAAUUAUUUUGUUCAGUUCCGAAAGAUUGCAAAUCAUCCUUUACUGGUGAGGCGUAUUUACAAUGAUGAGGAUAUUGUUCGUUUUGCAAAAAGGUUAUAUCCGAUGGGUGUGUUUGGUUUUGAAUGUAACUUGGACAGAGUAAUCGAAGAGCUUAAGAGUUACAAUGACUUCUCUAUUCACCGGCUUUUACUCUAUUAUGAUGUCGCGGAUAAAAAGGGCAUCCUUCCGGACAAACAUGUCAUGGUUUCAGCAAAAUGUCGGGAAUUAGCAGAACUUCUCCCCACACUCAAACAAGGUGGGCACCGGGUUCUAAUAUUUAGCCAGUGGACAUCAAUGCUUGACAUUCUGGAGUGGACUUUGGAUGUAAUUGGAGUGACAUAUAGACGACUUGAUGGGAGCACACAGGUGACAGACAGACAGACAAUUGUGGACACAUUCAAUAAUGAUACUUCUAUAUUUGCCUGCUUGCUGUCCACAAGAGCUGGAGGGCAGGGUCUGAACUUGACUGGAGCUGAUACAGUUGUCAUCCAUGACAUGGAUUUCAACCCACAGAUUGACCGUCAAGCUGAAGAUCGAUGUCAUCGCAUCGGCCAAACGAAACCUGUUACUAUAUACAGGUUGGUGACCAAAGAUACAGUGGAUGAGAAUGUUUAUGAGAUUGCAAAGCGGAAGCUAAUCUUGGAUGCUGCAGUGCUCGAGUCAGGUGUGGAGGUGGAUGAUGAAGCUGGCAUGUCUGAAAAGACUAUGGGAGAGAUAUUAUCGGCACUUUUGCUUGGUUAGAUCAACAUUCCCCUGCAUCAUCAGCUCUUUUGCUGGGUUAGUUCACCAUUUUCCUCACAGAGAAACUCUUAGCAGCUAGAACAACCUUUUUUUUUUCCUCCCCUUUUUGCUUCCACUUAUAAGAUCCAUUACUGUAGUAGUCUUUUUUUGAGAAAGAUUCCAGUUGCAAUUGAUAGAUGCAUAGGCAAUAGGGUGUAAAUUAGCCCUUCAAUUCAUCUUGUGAAAUUAAAUUUCAAUAAUAGUUGAUUGAAGAGAA